AUGGCUCAUUCUUUACCUCCGUCGACAGAACUUCCCGUUGUGAACAAUGUAACCGAUGAGAAAUUCGUAGAUAUUUAUACAUCUCAUAAGGAAAAAGGACAGUUACUGGACAAUGGACGAACAUUAGUGGGCUUUCAAGUUCAAGGUCGGGCCUUUGUGGCUGCUCUUGGCAGUCACUCAUAUUCGUCUGGUAUUCAUCAUGUUCGAAUCAGAGUAGAUAAAGGCAUUCCAUUUUUGGGUAUUCGCUCACGAAGUAUACCACUUGUACCACGUGAGGGUAGUGCCGGUCGUCAUUGUGAUAGUCCUUCCGCGUACGGUUGGUUAAUAAAUUAUGCUAUUAAUCGAAAUGGACUACUUCGUACUGAAUUACAGAGCAGCAGACCAGACGGUGAUAUUUAUACACUUACAUUGGAUUGUGAUCAACGCCGAUUAAGUUUGGUUAAUGAAAACACCAAUGAACAACGUGAAAUAGAAGUUGAUAUUCAUCAUACUCCUUUUCCCUGGUGUCUGUUUGUGGAGCACAAUCGAAUGCCAGGUCAAUUGUCGUUAAUAUGA